UCCAAUUCUAAUAAGUUUAUACGCUUUAAAUAUAUCAUGAUAUCGAGACUGUCUUAUUAUUAAUAUAGUUUUAAUAAUUAUGCUAUUAGUCACAAUCUGAUUAAACUUAUCAUCGAGUUGGUGGUUUAGAUUUUAUUCAAAUUUCUCAUCUCCUAUUGUUACAAUUAAAACUGAUCAAAUUAAAGAUUGAAAAGAUUAAGGUUAAGAUGACAAAUUUUAUUAGGAAACUCAAAGUUGACAACUUAACUUUAAUUUUACAUCAGGAUUUACACCAAGGAUUUAUCUGCAAAAUGGUUCCUCGUUGCAUAAGAGUUGGUGUUUACUCACACGAAAUUGUGUCAGCUCAAUAUAUAAUAUACAAUAUUUAUUAUUAUAAUAAUAUAUCUGCUACUUAUUAUCAUUUACUCCAUAAAUUUACAAGUUAUUUUUUUCUUGUGCCCUUUAUCUCUCAACAUUAACGCUAUUGUAUGGAAAAUACUAUUUCUUUAAACUCGCGUUUAUGGGAAUUUCAACAUUAUUUGUGACUUUCAUGGAGGACGCAACGAUAUUGACGGAAGACAGUUAGCACUCAAACUAUUCCAAGGUUUAAAACAAGAUCUCUCUUGAGAAUACAAUUAAAAUGAAAUUUAUUUUCAUAAUGUCACUCUUACGAAACUAAAUGAUGCACUUAAAUCAAUUCUUUACUGAAAUCACCACCUAAUGAUUCUUGAAAAUACUUCAUAUUGAAUUUCAGCUUGAACAUACAACAAGCAAAGAAAUCAAUGUUUCCCAAGAUUAUUACAAGUGUACUCUAAUUGACACCAACACGCGAUGAAAAUUGAUUGAUAGAUUGGUACAAUUGCUGAAUAAAACACUUCACCUUUAUCCUUUUCUAAUAGCAAUCAAGAUGAAACACUUUGUAAUCAAAAAAGAAACGAGUAACAUUUCUAUUAAUCACAAAGGGCUUUAGGCUAAUUUAAUUACGAUUAUAAUUAUUCCAAUGAACACUGUUUGAUUUACUGUCAUAGUUUAAUAUACGAAAUAUACAACAUUCAAAUCAUCGUUUUAAUGUAAUUCCAAGUAAUGAACAAUUAAGUGUAAAGAUCUAAUCUGAUCCACCUUCUUCUAAUACCUACUAAUAAAUAGUAUAGUACUAGUAAAUCUUUACAUGCUGAGUUUCUGAUGAUAUUUGAAAUUAAAAUCUAUCGAUUAUAAAUCAAUAGUUGCAAUCAAUCUGCUAAUAUCAUGAUAACGAUUUAAUUAUCUGAUUGAGUUUAAAAGUGAAUGGAAUAUCUAGUUAACUAUUAUCAACGAUAAAGAAAAUAGAUUGCUCGAAAUAAUUAGAAUGAUUCAUUUCUAUAUUUACUCCUGGAAUAAACAGAAAUUGAAUCACGUAGACUAAUGGAGUAGAUCAAUUUACAUUAAUAAGUUUAUCUGCAUAACUGAAUCAGAAUUUGAAAGUAAUUCCAAAGAGAGAAUUUUAAUAUUUUCCUGUUCGAUAACUCGAAAUUUAUAUCAACAGGUACACUCGAACUGUCCUUAAGUAAACUAACGAACUCACAUUGAACUUAAUCGUAAAUCGAAAUCAUGUAUUAUCCUGGCGAUUUAAACUUUCCAUUUAAUGUUACAGUCGGAUUUCGUGAUUUGACUUUUCUUAAAGAGACCAAAUUGAAACCCGGAAGAGUGAAAAACCUUUGGUUAGAUUUGAUGGUUUCCCUGUUUCGAUCAAAUAUCAUAAUCAAGUAUUGUCCCGAUAAAAUUAUCGGUGCUUACGAUAAGAGUGAAAACAUUUACGCUCAUGGAUUACUUGGGAUGUUACAACGAGAGGAAAUUGAUUUCGCUUGGGCAGUGGUACCUAUUACACUUACUAAUAUGCCUGGUGAGAUUCUUGGACCACUAAUUGAAUUAGAUUUCAUUAUUUGCAGUCACAAUCCGCCGAUUCGUGAGAUCUACAGUCUCAUCAGUACUUUUGAAAUCUUUGACACUUUAACUUGGCUCCUGUUGUUAGGCCUAAUCUUAUUAGUGGAAACACUUUCAGUUAUGUUGAUUGUCACAGGUAAAUUGAACCUUUGGUCCUCUUUAUUUUCAGCCUUAAGGUCAUUACCUGGAACCAUUUUCACACAAUAUACUCCGGUCAAUGUACCUCGAGUGAAAGUGAUCCUGACCGUUGGUCUACUUUUGCUUGCAAGCAUUUUAAAUGCUUCUUUUAACACUCAAGCAAUCAAGAUAAAUCGUGAAGAUUUAGUUGACAAUCUAUUGGAUAUUAUUAAAUUUAAAAGGAUUCCUUUUAUUACCGAUAAUUGUUACGAUUGGUUCAUAAAGGGACAGUUCAGUGUUUUCAAGGAGAUUUUUUCUUAUGCCACUGAACUUGGUGCUAACAAUAGUUAUCCAAUUGAUUCAGUUCUUGUACAUGCAUCAAAUAAUGGAGCUGUUAUUUCAUCACAACAUCGAUGCCAAUUGUAUCAGACAACUUUACGUCUUAAUAACAAUCCAUUAGCGAGUAGUAUUCAUUUCUCAAGGCCAUUUGCCAAAUCGAUCUCCGUUUUCCUGAUUCGUAAAGGUUUCAACAGUUCAGAUAAACAUCACAAGCGUUUCUUGGACUCUGGAAAAUUUUUCCUCGAAUUUGGUCUAUCCGUUCCGAUAAGAUCCAAUUUAUAUUACAAAUUAAGAUCAAAUUUUACCGAAUGGCAGAUUAUUAAAGCUUCGAGACCCACCGAAACUAAACCUUGGCAAUUCAAUCAACUAAAUCUUUCAGCUUAUCAACAGCAAUUAAAAGUUUACUCCGUUUGUCUAAUUAGUUGCUUCUUACCUCUAAUAAUAGAGAUCAUCUAUUUUAGAUGGACAUGCAGAGAUCCUUGCUAA